AUGAACAGAUAAAUAACAGAGAGGGAUCGAACAUUCUGAAUUGUGAAGGUGGUUAUAAUUGUUUCGUUGGAUUUCUCAAAAUUCUAUCUUGGAUCCAUCAGAUGAAAACGAUUUGGGAGAAAGGCGAAGAUGAUGGAAGCAGUGGUGGUUGUUGGCGGACGUUGCCGGAGACAAAUACAAGAGUUAUUGGAGGAGGAGAAAGUGGAAGUAUGUUAGAAGUCGACGGAGGAACGAAGUCGAUGAGGAUCAUACAAGAAGAGGAAUGUAAUUCAUCGAGUAGUUCUUCGAUCGGGGAAGACAGCGAUGAAGAACGGGAGGGAGAUGCUGAGAGUCGUUACAGAUAUGAUCAGCAUAACAACAAUGGAUCGUUCGAUGAUGCAAUUCAAGCUUUGGAAGAAGCGCUGCCAAUCAGAAAAGGGAUAUCGACGUUCUACAAUGGCAAAUCAAAAUCGUUCACGAGCCUAGCAGAUGUGUGGCCCUCCACAACAUCUUCCAUACAAGACAUUGCAAAACCAGAAAAUGCCUACACAAGAAAACGAAGAAAUCUUGGAGCUUUCAAACUAUCAAACAUAAACACGGGAAGGAUAUCGAAGAAACCCAAGACCACGACGUUGCUUUUUACUUCCGAUAGAGAAAAACCCAACUUUAACCAACACGCUAAACAAUCUCAAAUCAAAAGACCUCUGCCAUUGAGAUCAUUUUCGAUGGUUAACUUGCAUCAUUACAAUUCCUCCAAGAUCGGCAAUUGUUAGCCUGAACUUGGGUCGAAAAUUGUUUGGUAGAGACAUCUAACUUGUGCAGUCUUCUGAAACACCAACAUAAUUGUUGUUAAUUAAGCGAUUGAAUCGUACCACAUAUUAUUCGGUAAAUUAUCAAAGAUUUAAUGAUGUUUCUUGUGAAGUGCC